UCGUCGAGGGCGCUAAAGAUUGGCUGCGGCCCUGGAUUGUUUGGAAUCGCCAUGGCGUCACGACUGGCGUUCUAGAACGCGGUUGAUGUUCGCGAGGCGAGCUCGAGACGCUCGUUUGUUGCCAUGACAGCUGCUCCCACAGGUGUAGAAGGUGGCUUGACGAAAGUAGCUUAGCUAGCUAGCUACAUGCCCGGCUUGGCUAAUGUUGGGUAUUUCUGAGUUUUUAGGAGAGGAGAGGCUCGGUCCAAUGAAGAUUAACAAAAAGAUGUAAUAAUAACGAAAUGACAUGACAGAACAGGAUGUUACGCUGCAGCGGACUGAAAAUAACUCGACACUAAUCAGGAGCACCAGGAGAAUUCCUGGUGGGUCGCGGUGUUCAAUCAUGGGACUGGGUUGAAAUUAUAGCCGAAAUAUAUGGUGCUGUCCCUAGGCUUCCUGUACAACGUUACACUUCAGUCAGUUGUGUUUGUUAGAAGAUGCGACCCGCGAGCUAAAAGAAGCUAUAAAAACAGAUAAUAAUAAGCGCAAAACGGCGCUGAAAUGGCGACAAUUAAAACGAGGAAAGCGCUACAAAGUGACGCGGCCAGAGGAUCUAAACUCAGCAACUUUUUCAUUAAAACCAGCUCGAAGUUUGAGAGUGAAACGCCAAAUGAAGACGAUGAGACGGCUCUACAGCAGCAGCCAGUCCAGUUUGCUGCUAACAGUGACUAUGAAGAGCCAAGCAGCCGUCCUGAGCCCAGAACUCCAGAGUGGGCAGGUUAUUUGUGCUCGGUGACCCAUGAAAGACUGCGGAGAUGCAGAACUCAUCCAAACUGCCAUAAUGUCGCAGUUUGCAAGCAGCCCCAUCUGGCAAGGAGUCGUGGAGUGUCCCUAAGUGAACAGACGUCAAGUCGCAGAGUCCCACGUCUGGCGCUCUCUUCAGGCGGGAGGGACUGCCUGCGCGCCGGAGACACCUGCUCCAGCGACGACACCUGCAGCCCGCGACUGCGCACCCUCCGGCAGUGUGUGGCGGGGGACGGCAGCGUGAAGCUGGGGCCCGGGGCGCGGAACCAGUGUGAGAACGCCAUGACGGCGCUGCUGUCCACUCCUUUGCACGGCUGCCAAUGUAAAAGAGGCAUGAAGAAAGAGAAGAACUGCCUGAGUAUCUACUGGAGUCUGCAUCAGUCAGUGCUGCACGGACUCAGCCUAGUGGAUAACUACCCGUAUGAACCAGAGGAGAGGGGCUCCGACUACGUCCGUCUGGCCUCCAUUGCUGCAGAGUCCGAAGUAACGACGGUGAACCGCUGCCUGGAUGCUGCCAAGGCGUGCAAUAUAGAUGAGACGUGUCAGAAGCUUCGUACGGAAUAUGUCUCAUCCUGCAUCCAGCCGUCAGCCCGCUCGGGGCCGUGUAACCGACCAAAGUGCAACAAGGCGCUGAGGAAGUUCUUCGACCGUGUUCCCCCUGACUACACCCACGAGCUGCUGUUCUGUCCCUGCACUGACACGGCCUGCGCAGAGCGCCGCCGGCAAACUAUCGUGCCGUCCUGCUCCUACGAAGACAAGGACAAGCCCAACUGCCUGGCCCAGCUGCGGAUCUGCAAAGCAGACUAUGUGUGCAGGUCUCGCUGGGCACAGUUCCAGUAUGAUUGCCAACCUUCCGAGCAGAGCACAAGUGGCUGCAAGCAGGAGAACUACGGAGCGUGUCUACUCGCGUACACCGGCCUGAUAGGAAGCACAAUAACUCCCAACUACCUUGACAACUCCACAUCCAACGUGGGACCCUGGUGCUCGUGCGCAGCAAGCGGCAAUCACAGGGAACAAUGCACCGACUUCCUCACUUCCUUCUACGACAACGUCUGCCUGAGAAAUGCAAUCCUGGCCUUCGGGAACGGAUCAGAUGAGAAAACGGACGCCAGCCAGCCCGGUAUGCCCAGUCUGGCGACGGACAACCAGAGCCCACACUUGGCAACCACUGCCCCGGGCGUCUCCAUGGAAACAGAGCAGAACAUUCUAAGAGCACAGAUACCUACUCAGGCAAACGAGAACGACAGAUUGUGGGGCGACGAGGGAGACUCCGCUCUUCCCUCUCCGGGCCUGUCGGACCAUGGAGUCGAGCCCCUCCGCCUGUCCCCGCUGCUGGGCCUCGGAUGGCUGCUCCUGCUGCUGCUCUCCGACCAAUGAGAGGCCUCGCUCGCCUGGCCUCCGCUGACCAAACUCCAGACCUGGGGGGGAGGGGUUGGUGUGAGAGAGAGAGAGAGAAACAGCCAUUCUAUGUGUCAAAUGAUAGUGGGAAAAAAAGUCGACUGUCACAAGAAUCACACUUAAUCUCUUUUUGUAAAUCAUGACUCGGAGCACAUGUGUUGUGCAGCCCUUAAGAAGAG